AUGGGCAAAUACGUCGACGCAGAGACUCAGACUACACCGGCACCUCCUGUGCCGCCUCACGAUCAAGGGGCGUCUUUCGAUUCCUCUGGCGACGAUGCAUACAUCGAAGAAGACGAAGAAGACAGUCUCAGUCCUUUGCCAGUAGGCCUUGCAUCUCGCCGAAACGCAAAAUACCAGCGAGCUGGUCUAGGACGAGGACCUGGCUUCAGGCAACCAACGACUCGCGUUGUGUCUAUGCCCGAGAAUAGUUUCGACCCUCUAGACGGUGUACCGGAAACAGCCCGAAUUGUUUCCUUGCCCGAACGGUAUCUACCUAGUAAAUACGACCUCUCGUUGGACUCUGUCACGCUUGAGAGCAGCUCUUUCCUUGGCGAUAUAUCUGGCGGCUCUACUAGCUCUAGACGUAGGAUUCACUCUAGGCACCGCGCACCUUCGGAUGUCCCUCGUACACCCUCCCCGCCCUCAUCUCUGGAUUCAUCUUCUAUCAUAAUUGAGCACGACAUUAGGCUGUCAGACGCAUUCAUGCGCCGAACUAAUUUUGGUCUGGCGGAGAAAAGAGAAGGCUGGCAGGUAUGGGCGAGCUCUCCUCCGAGGCCAAUCCCCGCUCUUCACGGUCCGCUCUCGCUUCCUUACGCUCGUUGUCCUUCCGGCGCGGAAGGAACUAUCAUCGAGGAGCCUGAUCAUCUUCCGCGCAUGAUAUGGGGCUUGGGUGCUCACGAACAAGGCAUUUCGUCUAAUGGUGGAGCGACUGAUACAUCUUCUGCUCGCGAGAACGGACGAUAUGCAGGCCGUCCUAGAGGGGCUGAGUUUAGCAAAAACUCGAAGCGACCGGUUACCCAUGGGAACUUCUCUGCUAAUUCAAAGCCUGCUGCUGCUUUGGGGAGCGAUCGACGGGGACCGGCCCCCUCUCAUCUCGGGGAACCGAAUCUUCAACUGCCUGGGCUUUUCGUCAUGGGUUAUCCUCACAAUGCUCCAGCCGGUCUUUCUGAGGCGGCGCCUGCGGGGGCGCAGACGCGCCCUGACCAGAACAGGUCAACCUUGGCUGGUUAUCUCACACCGGAGCACUCGCCUAUCGAUUGGGGCGUCAAGGACUUCAUAGCCCAUAAUCAGGGUAUGCUUGCAAACCACCAAGCAAACAAUAUGCUGGGUGGGCCAUUCAGAGCUUCUCAGCUCCACCAGAGAGUUCCUCGUAUCUUCGUUGAGCCGCGACCUGAUGAAAUUCCUAUCGACACUGAAUCUGCUCGCAGCCGCACUGCUCUAGAGCUAGCACUCGAGUUGCGCAAGCAUGCCCAAUCGAACUUCCUUCAUCUUCCUCAAAGUGGUCUGCCUACGCCUCCGAACUCUUCGUCUCCUUUGUGGUCCCCCGGGUUUUCUCCGUAUAGUACUCAGACACUCUCUCCUGAGGUCGAGGAGAUGGCGUACAACCUACUGAACAUGAAGCAGGAUUACGGUAACUCAAUGAGACAUACCGAGGGGCCUACUGGCGAAAACUACUUCCUGCCUAUUCGGUUCUCAGGACCUACGGACUCCAGGCUCACAAACUUUGAGCGGAACUUCUCAGGACAACCGUCGUCUCACAGACUCGAUAAUGGCGCCUUCUUUCACGGUGAACCUCGGGAUACUUCUCAAUUACCUAGAAACGAGUUAGGUAGUAUAGCUCACACUCAGGUUCUCUCACCUAUGUCUCCAAUGGGCGACACAUAUGGACGUGGUCUUGAUUCUGGUCAUGCGCAGAUGGUCUCUACUGGAUCUCUUGCGUCGCAAUCCCCCGAGCUUCGCCCUGGAUCCUUCUCUCAACAGCCUAGGUCUAUUCCCCUGGCACGCCUGAUGCAACGCCGCCUCUCUGCAGUCCCGGAGGAGGAUCCGAUCAUCUUGGACAAGAAACAUGCGCCUCAGUCGUACCAUCGCACGCCGGGCCAUCAGCAUUCAACGUCACAGCAUGGCACGCAUCCGAUGUCAUCGUAUCACCAGAAACAAGAUCGACUGCAUUCUGUCAAGCCUUCUAUCCCUCCUCCGAGGACGUCCAUGCCAGAUGGUCUAGGAAUAGCUGGCGAGGCCGUUGGCGCGGAAACCCCCAACUUUGCAACGUCUCCGGCAAAGGUUCGCCUGCCUCACACCUCGCCGGAGCGUUCGCAGGUGACGUCCAACCAGCAAGGUAGAGACAACGUGCGCUUUGAGGAUGGUCCAUCUUCGUUCCGGGGCAACAAGAAAAAGUAUCGAACCAAGAAGACGCGAGCACCAUCGCGAUCGGACAGAGGAAGCGCAAUAUCUCCUGCAGCUUAG